AUGCAAAACCUUGACGCGAAGAGUGUCGCAGGCUCUCAGCUCUUGAAUGUAAUUAUCAAGGCUGCCGGAGUGCAUGUCACGACGGCGCACCUCGAAGAUAGCUUCCGGAUCAAUAGCAGAAGCAACACGGUAUCCAUACUUACAGACAACUUAGAAGGAGCACGCAAGUAUGCAGAAAUUAAAGACUUUACCCUCCACGGCAAGAAAGUCGAGGUGUACGGGCACGGAACUACCCCCGGCAGAUUUCGCCGUAUCGUCGUUCCGAGAUUGCUUGACCCUUCAGAGGACGUUAACGAAGCCGAAAUUCUGGAGCACCUCAUCAGGUGUAACCCACAUACGGCCAUCAUAGAUGCCAAACGUUGUGGUCGGUCUCCCUCCAUCUUGAUCACGCUAGGAACACAAAAGUCUCCUGGCUGCAUCAAGUUUCUCUGUGGGCUCUUCCCUUUCCACGAUUAUCUGGAAACCAAACAAGCAUGCACAAGCUGCUGGGAACUAGGGCAUAAAGCGGAAGCCUGCCCGACCCCCAAUACUGGUAGGUGCCCGAACUGCGGCGAGAUUCACAGCCACCCCGCCAGGGUCGAAGCGGUACGUACGGAAUACGACUGCACCCCGCGGUGCCUCAUCUGUAAUGAACAACAUUACACGGGGAGCAGAGUCUGCAAGCAAAAGUAUAAAGCUAUUCAUGAACCUAAGACCCCUCUGAAAAAGCCAACCGCCAAGGAAGAAGAUUUUGUGGCACUAACCCCGCGAGCAGACAAAACGACCACCGACCAAACCAAGAACUACUCGCAAGCUCUCCGCAACGAGACCUCAAUGGCCGCACCCCCGACGCCCCAGGUAGAACAGGAAAGCAUGCAGGUGGAAGAACGCACCACGAGGAAGAGAGGGCAACGCACAGAAUUUGAAUGCAUUGACGCCUCCGCGGUCACGAACAGCGAGGGGCCCAAGGCACGUCGGGUGGAGUCCAGCCCGGCCUCCGACGCCCUUCUAGAGAGCUUGGCCAAGGCAGUCCACGACAUGCAGGAAAGCACAACCAAGAGCAUUACAGCUUUUGGGAGCACACUCACAGCAUUCGACGAGCGACUCCACAAAAUUGAAUACAUUGGCCUAUUACAGCAGUCAGUCAAGAACCAAAUGAACCCCAAGCCCGCCACCCAGAAUGGAAAGUAA